AAAUUUUAUAAUGAUACCUUAACCACCCCCACCUCCUCCAAAAUAAAUAUAAAAAGAAGAUGCUUUUAGGAAAAAAUUGAUGGAAAAAUUUGGUAAUUUUGAAGGAUCAACAACGGAUGAAAUAGAAAAAAAAUUAAAGAAAUCUGAAGAUAUUGAUGAAACUUGUUUUAGUGAAGCUGAUGGAACUGGAGUUUUGGAAAAUUAGCCCUUAGAUACUUCAAAUUGUAAAUAAUGUGAGAGAUGUUAAAAAUGGAUUAAAAAUGAAUCAUAUUAACACCAUCUUAUUUGUCAUUCUACAAGAGUAAGGAAUUUAUAUAUAAAUAUUAUAGAUUUUAGAUUGGCUAUAUUUAGGAGCAGCAAUAAACUCAGAAAAUGAAAUUGAACUUGAUUUAAGAACUAAUGUGACCUAUAUAUUGAAUGCUGCUGCAGAAUGCUAAAAUUAUUAUCCUUAAAAAUAUACAUAUCUAAAGUUACAAUUAAUGGACACAAUUGGAGAAAACAUCCUAGAACAUUUCAAUGAAGCUUAUGAAUUUUUAGGUAUGAAUUACAAAUAAUCAUAAGAAUAAUGUAGAAAGGAUGGAAAAUGCGCAUUAGUUCAUUGUCAAUUAGGAAAAUCAAGAAGUGCUACAAUUGUGAUUAUGUAUUUGAUGAAACAUUUAGGCAUGAACUUACGAGAAGCAUUUAAAUUUACUAAAGAGAAGCGUUACAUUGUCAACCCAAAUAUUGGAUUUAUUAGAUAAUUAAUAUAAUUUGAUGAAUAAUUAUAUGGAAAGAAAUCUAUCACUGCUCAUGAAAUCAAUCCUUAAUGUAGUGUAGAGUUUGAAUGAUAA